CUGAGACUCACAGACGUGCCACACAAGUCUAGAAGGUUUGGCCUUUGUUACCUACCACAUCUGUUAGCUGCAGCAUGACUCUGACAGUGUCUCGGGGUGAAGGUUUGACUGUCAUCACCGUCACCUCAAACCCAAAGAGCAAAUGGCCCGUACUGUGUGAGAUUCUGGGUUUUCUGUGUUACAGUCCAGUGUGUUCUUUAUCUCAGGGUAUGAAAGGGAAGCUGAAGGAUCUCCUCACAGCUCUUGGAAUUGUGCAGAUGUGUAUUGGUGUCCUCAAUAUUGCAAUGGGGAUUAUGUUUACAUGCACUGGAUUUUCCAUGUAUAUAACAGCCCAGGGUCCCUUUUGGCUUGGAAGUUUGUUCCUUUUAUCUGGAAUUCUGUGUAUUCUUGCAGUUAAGUUUCCCACUUCUUCUCUGUUGAUAAUGGGGAUAAUCAUGAAUGGAGUCAAUGUUGCACUGGUUUUCAUAACUAUGGUGGUGUAUACAGUGGACCUUACAAAUGGUCAUAAUGAAUACAGAGGAACCUGUGAUUAUUAUUCACGUUAUGAUUAUGGUUAUGGAACGCCUUCCCCUGAAGAAAGUAGGAGAAAAGAGAUGUGUCUGUCCUACAAGAAUGGGAUUAUCGUCAGCGGACUAGAAAUCAUGAUGAUGAUGUUGUCGGUCCUUCAGCUCUGUUUGGUGGAGGAUCCAGAACUUCACAAGCUGCUCCUGGAGGAUGCCAUUGCUGGUGCAGCAAGUUAG